AAGGCGACAGGGGGCGUGGAGUAUCACCCUUUCCGCCGGAAGUGGGCUCAGCGCCUCCACGUGCCGUCCCUCCCCUUCCCGGCCUUGUGGUGGCGGCUCAGCCGCUGCCAUGGAGCCCGCCGGCCUGGAGGCGAUCCUACAAGAACUGCUGUUGCCGGACACCGUGCGCAUCCGCCGGGCCACCGAACAGCUACGGAUCGCCCUUCGUGACCCCGCCACCUUGCCAGCUCUCUGCCACCUGCUGGCCUCCUCAGGCGACCCUCAGAUCCGACAGUUCGCAGCCGUGCUGACCCGUAGACGAGUGAGCACUCGCUGGCGACGCCUGCCACCGGAGCAGCGGGAGAGCCUCAAGUCCCUGGUCCUGGCGGCCCUGCAGAGAGAAACAGAGCACUGUGUGAGCCUCAGCCUGGCCCAGCUCUCAGCCACCAUUUUUCGAAAAGAAGGCCUGGAGGCCUGGCCUCAGCUCAUGCAGCUUCUUCAGCACAGUACUCACAGCCCCCAAAUCCCUGAGAGAGAGAUGGGGCUUUUGAUGCUGAGUGUGGUGAUGACUUCCCAACCCGAGGCCUUCCAACCUUACCACCGAGAGCUUCUUCAGCUUCUGAAUGAAACUCUUGUUGAAGUGGGCUCUCCUGGGGUGCUGUUUUACUCCCUGCGCACUCUGGCCACCAUGGCUCCCUACCUCAGCACUAACGACACGCCUCUUGAACGGAUGUUGGUGCCCAAGCUCAUCGUGGCUGUGAAGACUCUGAUCCCCAUAGACGAGGUAAAGGCCUGUGAGGCUCUGGAGGCCCUGGAUGAACUGCUGGAAUCACAGGUGCCCAUCAUUACCCGACACCUCUCUGAGGUCCUCUCAUUCUGCCUGGAGGUGGCUAGAAAUGUGGCCCUAGGUGAUACAAUACGUGUGCGUAUUCUCUGUUGCCUCACUUUCUUGGUCAAAGUCAAGAGCAAGGCUUUACUGAAAAAUCGUCUUCUGCCUCCUUUGCUGCACACCCUUUUCCCCAUUAUGGCUGCUGAGCCCCCCCUGGGCCAAUUGGAUCCUGAGGACCAGGAUUCUGAAGAGGAAGAAUUGGAGAUUUGGCUGUUGGGGGAGACUCCCAAGCACUUUGCUGUACAGGUUGUGGACAUGCUGGCAUUACACCUCCCCCCUGAGAAGCUCUGUCCCCAGCUGAUGCCCAUGCUGGAAGAGGCCUUGCGGAGUGAGAGUCCUUAUCAGCGCAAGGCUGGGCUACUGGUGUUGGCUGUGCUGUCGGAUGGGGCUGGUGACCACAUCAGGCAGAGACUGCUGCCCCCACUGCUGAAGAUUGUCUGUAAGGGCCUGGAGGACCCUUCACAGGUUGUUCGUAAUGCUGCGCUGUUUGCCCUGGGCCAGUUCUCAGAGAACCUACAGCCCCAUAUCAGCAGCUACUCAGGAGAGGUGAUGCCACUGCUCCUUGCCUGUCUGAAGUCAGUGCCUCUAGGGCAUACACAUCGUCUAGCCAAGGCCUGCUAUGCCCUGGAGAACUUCGUGGAAAACCUAGGGCCCAAAGUGCAGCCCUACCUUCCGGAGCUUAUGGAGUGUAUGCUUCCGCCUUUGAGGAACUCCAGCAGCCCCCGGGCCAAGGAGCUGGCCGUGAGUGCCCUGGGGGCCAUCGCCACAGCUGCCCAGGCCUCCCUGCUGCCCUACUUCCCCACCAUCGUGGAACAUCUUCGAGAAUUCCUGUUGGCAGGACAUGAAGACCUUCAGCCUGUGCAGAUCCAGAGCCUGGAGACACUGGGGGUGCUGGCACGAGCAUUGGGGGACCCCAUGAGGCCUCUGGCUGAGGAAUGCUGUCAGUUGGGGCUGGGCCUAUGCGACCAGGUAGACGACCCUGACUUGCGGCGCUGCACAUACAGCCUAUUUGCAGCCUUAUCGGGGCUGAUGGGUGAGAGCCUGGCACCCUACCUGCCACAGAUCACCACGCUCAUGCUGUUGUCACUGCGUUCCACUGAGGGCAUUGUGCCUCAGUAUGAUGGAAGCAGCUCCUUCCUUCUGUUUGAUGAUGAAAGCGAUGGGGAGGAAGAGGAGGAACUCAUGGAUGAGGAUGCUGAAGAGGAGGAUGACUCUGAGAUCUCAGGGUACAGUGUGGAGAAUGCCUUCUUUGAUGAGAAGGAAGACACCUGUGCUGCCCUGGGGGAGAUCUCCGUGAACACUAGUGUGGCCUUCCUUCCAUACAUGGAGAGUAUUUUUGAAGAAGUAUUCAAGCUGCUGGAGUGUCCUCACCUGAAUGUGCGGAAGGCAGCCCAUGAGGCUCUGGGUCAGUUCUGCUGUGCACUGCACAAGGCCUGUCAAAGCUACCCCUCAGAACCCAACAGUGCUGCUCUGCAGGCAGCUCUGGCACGGGUGAUAGCAUCUUACAUGCAGGCAGUGAAUGGGGAACGGGAGCGCCAGGUGGUGAUGGCCGUGCUGGAGGCCCUGACAGGAGUGCUACGCAGCUGUGGGGCCCUCACGCUGCAGCCGCCUGGGUGCCUUGCUGAGCUAUGCAGCAUGCUCAAGGCUGUGCUACAGAGAAAGAUAGCCUGUCAGGACACUGACGAGGAGGAAGAAGAUGACAGUCAGGUGAGAGCUACAGAUAACAGGGCAGUCUGUGAACCAAGGCAACUCCUGGAGCCCCUAUGGCCAGUGGCCGAGCCAAUUGGAGAAGUGCAUAGUCACAGAGCUGGCCCAGGUGCCCCAGCCCCUGACCUGGCUCCACAGGCUGAAUAUGAUGCCAUGUUGCUGGAGCACGCUGGAGAAGCCAUCCCUGCCCUGGCAGCUGCAGCUGGGGGAGACACCUUUGCUCCUUUCUUUGCUGGCUUCUUGCCAUUUUUGCUAUGUAAGACGAAACAGAGCUGCACAGUGGCAGAGAAGUCCUUUGCAGUAGGGACACUGGCAGAGUCCAUUCAGGGUCUGGGUGCUGCCUCAGCACAGUUUGUAUCUCCGCUGCUCCCUGUGCUGUUGAGCUCCACCCGAGAGGCAGAUCCUGAGGUGAGAAGCAAUGCCAUCUUUGGGCUGGGCGUCCUGGCAGAGUUCGGGGGCUGCCCUGCUCAGGACCACUUCCCCAAGCUGCUGGGCCUCCUUUUGCCCCUCCUGGCACGGGAGCGACAUGAUCGUGUCCGUGACAACAUCUGUGGAGCCCUCGCCCGCCUGCUGAUGGCCAGUCCAACAAGGAAACCAGAGCCCCAGGUGCUGGCUGCCUUGCUGCAUGCCCUGCCACUGAGGGAAGACUUGGAGGAAUGGGUUACCAUAGGGCACCUCUUCAGCUUCCUGUACCAGAGCAGCCCUGAUCAGGUUGUAGAUGUGGCUCCUGAGCUGUUGCGCAUCUGCAGCCUCAUACUAGCUGACAACAAGAUCCCACCAGACACCAAGACCUCACUGCUGUUGCUGCUGACAUUCCUGGCCAAACAGCACGCUGACAGCUUCCACACAGCGCUGGGCUUACUCUCUGCUGACAAGGCUCAGGAGCUCCAGGCCAUGCUGAGCUUCACCUAAACUUCAGAGAGAGCUGAGCCUGCCCAGGCCCUAAGACCGCCUCACAGCCCAGUUCCAGCUCACACCCUACCAAAGAUUCUGGGCCUCGUCUCCAUUUGGAGCCAGCCCUGCUUGCUGCCUUAACAUGGGUGUCCUUGGGGCUGGGUCUGUUACAAGUGGAGUCACGACAUCAGAUUGUAAUAAAGGUAAUUUGUUUUCUGCUUGGA